AUGAAAACCGCCUUCAGCAUCCACAAGGAAGGCUGUGCCACAUCCCCCACAAAUAGCUGCCGCCACCCCCUUCUCCGCCCAUCUUCUGCUGCUGCCUUUGGAUUGGUCGUUGGAGCUUGUGACUCCUCAGCUGCUAGCCUAUAUAAGGGCAAGGGAGUGGCACUCUCGUCCCCCACAACUUUGAGCAAGGACCCAAGUGAGCUACAGGAGCAAACAGCUUGGAAGGACAGCAUCAUGCCUGUGAGUCUGGGGAGAAGGUGGGGGGCAGCUGGUGGGUAUCACUGACUGCCCACAGGGGCAGACGUUCCAAUGCACCAAGGGCACUGGAGUUCCAGCCUCUCUUAGUGCUGGAAAUCUGCAGGCAUGUCAGGGAGGCUGAAGGGAGAGAGUCCUGCUAUCGAUUGAUGAUGCUUUUUUCAGGAGUUGUGCUGAUUCAUCUGUAGUGAGAUAGGAUGUUUGGCUAUUAGACUGUGCGUUCUCCUCACAUGCUGCAAUCAGGAGGAGGGAUGUGGUCAGGGGAGAACCACAUAGCAAUGGGGAUCCUGCAACCCUCUCUUUCUCAGAAGGGCAUGUUUGUAGCAAGGCGAAGACUGGAGUUCUGCUAAGAUUUGCGUUUGUGAGGAUUCAUUUUUCCUAGUCUUCCGCCUAUAAGCUUCCCACCGCACACAGAGACAUGCACCAGAUAGGGAAAGUUGCUGGAACUAGCUCCUUCUGGCGCCAGCUUAUCUUGUGCCCAGACUCUCUAAUCCCAUUUUUGAAACUUGCUUGGAGCCUGGAGUAAUAAUAAAUCCAUGAAUUAUAAGCACUUAAAGGCACCUGUUGGAUGUGAGAGAUGAGAAUGUUCAAAGGCGGCUGGGCGUGGCUCGGAACAUCUGCCGGCGGCCAGUUAAGCCUUUCCCUUCUUGCUAGGAGGAAAAAAUAUGUAUCAUUUUCACUUCUUUCUAGGGAAGUUUUGUAACUUAGGCUGCUGUUGCUGGCCCUGCUCCCAACACAGGAACUAAGAUGAGGGUGCAAUUCCGGCAUCUCUUUAUCUCUGUGGCAGGAAAAGCCCCACUUGUUUAAUUCAGGCUGCUGCUUAAAAGGAGCAAGGUUUUAUACCCAUUUUACUGAUUGGAUGGCUGAGGCUGCGAGUGGUGCACUAACUUCUCUGUUCAUCUGAAGCAGGAGAGGUGAGGACCAUACUCCCUUGCAUGGGGUAUCAGGGAGUCUGGAAGCAGGACACUCAGAGCCACAUGCCCAAUAGUCUGGGCUGAUGGGAGUUGUAGUUCCAACAUACACAGGUUUCCCAUCAUCACCUGACAAGCUGGUGCUUAAGAGUGUACCGCUUGAUUUAAUUCAUCUGAUGAAAACAGACUCUUGCCUGCCAAACCUAACGCCACAAAAAUUUCCAGAUAUUUAGUUAUUUCAAGACUAGGUGGUUUUUUAAAAAUAUUAACCUGCUUUGAAGCUUAGGAAUCAAAUGUGCUACAUGCCCACAUUUUUGUUUCGGAUUUCUUUUUAGUAGGUGACGAAUAACAUGACAUCCUCUUUCAUAGAGGUGGCCCUCUGGGUGCUGUUGACUACAACUCCCAUCAUCUCUGACCGCUAGCCAUGCCGGCUGGGGCUGAUGGGAACUGGAGUCUAGUGAUAUCUGGAGGGCCGCAGAUUCCCUGUCCCCCUCUUAGUUAAGCAGGAAAACAGGGGCAAGUUUCCUGAGGGCAGUUCAUCUGCAAUAAUAUAAUCAGACCAGAAUUUACUGCUGCUUGGCAAAGGGAGAGAACAAAUCACUCCUCUCUCAAUUCCUUCUCUAGGGAAUUACUUGCACCAGCCUGCAUGUGGCCCCCGGCGCCCGUCUUGCUGUGAAAGGUGAUAUCCCAGCAGGAGCAAAGAGGUAAGCUGGUUUCAUAGGGAGAGAUUACCUUUGGGCACGCAGACAUUCCAAACUUGCAUGGGCCUUGGGAAGCUUUGGCUCUCAUGACUUCCCCCAAAGAAUCCUGGGCAUCGUUCACAACAUACUGAGAACUCUGUUGCAGACCUGCACUGCCCCUCGUCUUCCAGAUAUCCAAACUCCAAGGGAUUCAUCGGAAUGACUGUUGAACUAGCGUGGAGCACUAGGGCUCAUCUCCAUUGUCGUUUGACAGUAAUGAUGUUCCCUGCAUGACAUUCUCCGCAAAAUCACUGGCUGCCCACCCCUUUCCCUGCUCUUAAUCCAGAUUUUCUCAUUCCCUCUCCUUUCUGGAGUAUCCUCGAUAUGAGAAAGUCUGGAUUAAGGAGAGAGAAGGAAGCAUGAAAAGGCAGUGAUUGGAAAAAAAACUUCAUAUACACAAGAGAGAAUUAAUGAAGAUUCAGGAAACUUACUGCCCACCUUAAAAAGCAAUAUGGAUAAGUCUGUAGCUAUGCCCUUGGUGAGGGAGGAGGGAGACCUAGGGGUAAAACUGCUCCCCAUUAAGCUACAGAGAGGAAGCCCAUUUCCCUUGGUCUUAGGGUGUGUCCACACCAGAGCAAAAGGUGGACCCCAUCCCAGGUUGUCUCCAGAUCUCCUCCCUCCUUAAAUGUGGAUUUUUUUUUUUCUGAUCCUGGCCAUGUCAGACAUUCUAAGGAUUGGGGGGGGGGGGACACAACCACAUUUAAAAGGGCAACCCUGAGAUGGGAGGUGUUUAUGUAGAGGAUGCCAUGUGUCCCAACAGGAAUGGGGAAACAAGCCGGUGCAAAUACACAUUUUUCUCCAUUGUGGAGAAACCCUUGCUUUUGUGGAAAUUGCCAAGGAGGGGAAGGAGUAAUGCCCACCCCCAGCAGUAUUUUCCAGUGUGUUACAUCAGAACCUAGACCAGCUCAUGGCCUCCCCUCCCCCAUGCUUGUGCUGCUCCUGCCAAGAGCCUAAACAGAACCAGAUGUUGGAAGCAACCAUCCUUCUCCCUCCCCCCCACAUCCGCCCCUUCAGUCUCCUCUUGCAAAGCCUUUCUCCCCUGAAUGCCCACUGUACACAGUCAAGACCCGCUUGGUGUUGUUGCCAGGAAGAAUGUACAUCUUCUCCAGACGAACGCACUGCUUUUUCUCUUUCCUCAUUGUGGUUUUCCGCUUGGGAGUCCCUCCUCUGUCCCAGAUUUACAAGCGUCUCGAUUUUGUAGGGCAAGCUGUACAAUCCAUCCCACAGCAAUCAGGGUAAGCAUUUAAACGAGAGCACAGAACUUUGCCUACUUUCAAGGAGCAGCCACAGUUGUGUAAGAGCAAUGAAUGUGCAGGGGGUCGGAGAUGCAAAUAGCAGCCAACAGGGGGCUUCACUUAGCAGCAGUGGAGCAUUUGGGGUUGGCCAUUGGAACCAAAGUCCAGGGUCCAAAGCCAGCACACUCAUGAGGCUCGGUGAGGCAGUCGCCUCGGGUGGCAGGCAGAGCUAGGAGUGGCGUCAGAUCUGGACCACUCCCUGCCUCCUCCACUGCUGCUGCCUCCAAUUCAGCCACUACCACACCUCCUCCAAUAUUCCCACCACUGCCACCUGCUCCUCUUCAGCCUUCUUUUUCUCUCCUCUGCCACCUUCACUGCUCCAGGGCUUCACUGGGCAGCCUCUUCACGUGAGGCGGCAGCAGAGAAAAAGCAGUGCCUCCCUCCGCCAUUUUCCUUUUUUGCCUCAAGCGGCAAAAUGUCCUGAGCAGGUAUGGCAUCCUCGGCACCUGCGUGGGUACUGGCAUGCCAGCCCAGGACUUAAUGCCAGAGCUAAGUCAGACCGUUGGCCCAUCUAACUCUAUACCGCCUGCAGUGACUGCCAGCAGCUCUCCCAAGAUUUCGGGAAAGGGUCUCUCCCAGCCCUUUCUGGAGAUACCAGGGAUUGAACCUGGAACUUUCUGCAUCUGAAGGAGAUUUUCUGCCGCAGAGCCGCCUUUCCCACAUUGACCUACGUAUACCUCUGAAAUACUUAAAAAUGCACACCAAGCCACUUCUAGAUCUCACAGAGCGAUGGAGCGCAAAUAGGGGCAGGAAGAAGACGGAACAUUUGCCAAAAGAAUCUGCAUGUUUGAGACACCCCCCUAAUCCGCACCAGGUUGGAUUCAAUCCUGAGCAAAAUUUAGCUUGUGGGGAUUGGAUUGAGAUGAAAGGAGAAGAGUUUAUGAAUCAGGGGUGGGGAAUAAGGGCUCUCAUAAAGCAGCAAACUGAAGGAGGCUGCAAUUGUAUAGGCCAGAAACCAGCUCCAUCAAAGGCCCAGCUGAGUAGUUCUGCUGGCUGACAGAUUUCUUUUGCCAAAAAGACAGUAGCGGGGAGACAGCACCACACCCCUUUCUGUCUGCUGCACGAUCACAUGCUACAGCAGUGAAAUCUAGCCACUAGAGGUGGUUCUAGUGCUUCCAGAAGACAAGGGUUGGAGCUGCCUUUGUUUCUUCUGAAUUCUCAUUAUAUGAGGAACUGUAACUGUUCAAAGAGAGGGCUUAAUGAGCAAAUGUUGGGAAAUUCCAGCAAUGCAAGAGGAGGUCUGUGGUUGGACAGCAGGAGGCCUCAGGGCCAAAUCAGAGGGAUUUUGGCUCCAUCACUGGGAACGCUUGAAGGUGAACAUGCCCAAACUCUUCCCAUCUCCUUGUGAUACCAUCAGUGAAGCUUCCUAGUUUUUCAUUCCCCAAACCUCCCUGGCUUGCACCUACAUGGUGACGCCUCAAGGGUAGGGAGGGUCACUCAAAAGAGGCAGAUAAUAUUCUUCGAUAAGGAGAGGUGUUGUGGGAUUGCUUCAACUUGCCUCUAGGACAGGUAGAAGCAGCUUGCAUUUUUCCAUGAACAGAAACUGAACGGAGGGAUGGUCCUAGAUCAAGGAAGCUUAACUUGUAGCCCUCCAGAUGUUGCUGGAUUGCAACUCCCAUUACCCCUGGCCAUUUGCCAUGCUGGCUGGGAGUUGCCGUCCAACAUCUGGUGAACUGGUUGCUGCUACAAGAUGAUCUCCGCAGUUGUGUACAUAUGGCCAUGUACUGUGGCUCCAUUGUUCUCCCACCGCUGGUUUUUGAAUCCCUGUACACACAAUGAUACCCACGACAGAGUAGCUUUUUGUGAAAUACUGUGGCUUGAUGUGUUCCCCACUUCAAAGCCAGCUUCAACCCAAUUUGAAAACAUAAACCAUAAUCCAUCGGACAGAGGCAGUCCCACCCCCCUUGCAAAGGUGCCAACUUGAGUAAAAUAUGGUGGGGGGCAGGUAGGCCCUGCCCCACAUAAUCACAAGAUGUGGUGCACACACACCAUUUGAAUUGCAAUGCCCAUCAAUGGGGGGAGGCUGGCACCCUCAAAUACUUUGGAGGGAGGGCUGAAGGGACCUCAGCCCCUAGGAGUUGGCUUCUAUGUGUGGACAGACAACUUGGAAACAAAUCCAAGCGUACUGAUGCGCCUUGAAACACAGUGAGGGGAGGGAAAUGACCUUGCUGAGUUUUAAGUGGGCAACGUCUACGUAGCCUAAUUCUAUGAGUCUGUGAAAUAAUUUCUGAACGGGGAGCAGCUGCCACUGUGGUUCUCUGGGCAACUCUGAAGUAAAUGUGGAGACACUAAGGGCUCCUCCACACGAUCUGUUUAUUGAGCAUCUCUCCUGAUUUGCUAGCACAAAGAUUGCAGGGUAUGUGUGCUUAUAUGCAUUUAGAUUGCAUCCAGUCUUCAUUGAGCAUUUGAAGAGCGUAGCAGUGGAUCCCUGAGACAUGAGGGCUUUGCAGUUAACUGUCUGCCGCCUGUUUCAGUUGGGUCAUCAACCUGGGCAAAGGCCAAAAUGACAUCAUGCUGCAUUUCAACGCACGCUUCGAUGCUCACGGGGACAUCCGAACCAUUGUCUGCAACUCCAAGAUCAACGGGAAAUGGGGCCAAGAACACAGGGAGACCAACUUCCCCUUCCAAGAGGGCAGCAGCGCGGAGGUGAGACUCGGAUCUGCACAGGUUGUGGCAGGGGAAAGGGGGGACUGCAUGUGGGUUUGAGUGGGAAAGUGUCAUAAGGAGAGGCGACAAAGCCACGUUUGAAAGCGGCAUGGAUGGAGGACUCUGUAAUGCAUGAAUAUGGGGUGAAGGUGCUGCUGAGGUUUGGACUGGAGGCCCAGUUCCUAUGCAACUGAUCCAAACUGAGGUGAUGCUUCCCUGCUGCCUUGGAAUGCAGAUGAUAGAGAUCCUCAGGCUUUUGAGACGCUCCCCAGGCCACAACCCUUGACACCCUCCUCGUGCGCUUUGGCCUGGCUGAAUGUUUCCUCAAAUGCUGACAUUGCCUUUUCCUUGCCUGGAUGGGUGCUAGGGACAGGUGUGUUAAGUGUGUGCGUAGUAACUAGCCUGCUGUCCAAAGGUGACAUUUACCUGUUUUGUGUCACCUGUUUGGCCCCACCCAACACUGGCCUGUGGCCCCCAGACAGUUGCCCAGGAAGGAAAACAGCCCUCAGUGGGGGGGGGGGGACAGGAUCCCAAUCCUGUUAGUAUGGAAAGGAAACACUACCUGCUGGACUCCUGCCUCUUCUGCUGUUCUAAAAAGGCCCAGGAAUUCUGUCAAAAGCCAGCAAGCCCAGGAUAGAUGUGCAUCUUCCACUAGCAGCCAUAACUUCAGUCCAGUCGCUUGAUAACUAGAAUCAUAGAAGAGUUGGAAGGGAACACAAGGAUCAUCUAGUCCAACCCGCCCAAAAAAACAAUGCGGGGAUAUUUUGCCCAACAUGUGGCUUGAACAUAUGACCCUGUGAUUUAAGAGUCUCAUGCUCUACCAAGUGAGCUAUCCCUCUCAGCAGUUGGGAUAACUGAUGGUUGGUGCUCUUCUCAUGCUGAAACCACGCCACCCCCACCCCUUUUUUCCCCUCCUUCAGGUGCUCUUCACUCAUGACAAAAACGAGUUGACCAUCACAUUGCCUGGCAACCAUCAGUUCAAGGUCCCCAACGGCGCUCACUUGGAAGGCAUUGAAUAUGUCUGCGUAGAAGGCGACUUUAACUUCAAAGGCAUAUCUCUCGGUUAAGCCUCUCCCGGUCUUGUCUUGCUCACCUCUCCUGCUUAAUAAGGCAGCAAAAUAAACACAGCUGAAUUCUGGUGUAAACUGGU